AUGCGGUUUCUCUCGGCUGUUCGUUUGGCGGCGUUGGUGACCUCCUGGGCCUCGAUUGCUCAAGCAGUUCGUCCCCCUAUCCCGGUCCCUGAACCCGUUCCUGGACCCGUCUCGCUCCAGUCGACCUCCUCCCUGGGAGUGUUUCAGCAGCAGCUGGAUCACCAUGAUCCUUCAAAGGGCACUUUUUCGCAGAGAUAUUGGUGGAGCACGGACUUUUGGGGUGGACCUGGAUCGCCGGUGAUUCUUUUUACCCCCGGUGAAGUCGCGGCCGAUGGAUACCAGGGAUAUCUCACCAAUAAAACCUUGACCGGACAUUACGCACAGGAAAUCCAGGCGGCUAUCGUUCUGGUCGAACAUCGUUACUGGGGUGGCUCUUCUCCCUAUAAGAACCUCACAGCGGAAACUCUGCAGUACUUAACACUGGAGCAAUCCAUUCUGGACUUUACCCAUUUUGCGAACACCGUGCGGUUGCCGUUUGACAAUUCAACUCGCAGCAAUGCGCAGAGAGCUCCUUGGGUCUUUGUCGGAGGAUCAUACAGUGGUGCUCUGGCAGCUUGGACCGAAGCAACUGCCCCCGGCACCUUCUGGGCUUACCAUGCGACCAGUGCCCCUGUGGAGGCUAUCUACGACUUUUGGCAAUACUUCGAGCCUGUCCGAGAGGGUAUGCCCCAGAACUGCAGCAAAGACGUCUCGUUGGUCGCCAACUACAUCGACGGCCUUGGACAAUACGGCGCCCCCAAAGAGAAACAAGCCGUAAAGGAAUUGUUUGGGCUUGGUGAUCUGGAACAUUACGAUGACUUUGCUGCGAUAUUCCCCAUCGGUCCGUGGACAUGGCAAAGCAACAGCUUCAUUACCGGGCAUUCUAACUUCUAUGAAUUUUGCGAUGAAAUUGAGAACGUCAAAGCCAACUCAUCAAUCGUCCCUGGACCAGAGGGCGUCGGCCUCCAAAAAGCCCUCGCAGGCUACGCCAAAUGGUUCAAUGAAAUUGCCCUUCCUGGCUACUGCUCCGACUACGGCUACUGGAAAGACGAACUAAGCAUCGCCUGCUUCGACACACACAACGCCUCCAGCCCGCUCUUCACAGAUACCUCCGUAUCGAACGCCGUGGAUCGCCAAUGGCAAUGGUUCCUCUGUAACGAGCCCUUUUUCUACUGGCAGGACGGCGCCCCCAAAGACAAAACCACCAUUGUUCCUCGCACCAUCAGCGCAGAAUACUGGCAACGACAGUGCCCACUCUUCUUCCCCACAGUGAACGGCUACACGUACGGCAGCGCGAAGGGAAAGAACACCGGCACCGUGAACGCCUACACGGGAGGUUGGUCGAGGACGAAUACGUCGAGAUUGAUUUGGACGAAUGGUCAAUACGAUCCCUGGCUUGACUCGGGCGUUUCAUCUCGCUUCCGUCCCGGUGGUCCGCUAGAGAGCACGGCUGCCGCGCCGGUGCAGGUUAUUCCGGGUGGUUUCCACUGCUCGGAUCUGUACAUGACGAGCUAUGCUGCGAAUGAUGGGGUCAAGAAGGUGGUUGAUAAUGAGGUGGCGCAUAUUAAAACUUGGAUCGAGGAGUACUAUAAGUAG